AUGGGCAGCGGGGCAUCUACCGCUGAUGUCAAAAAGCGUGUCGAGGCAGUGGAGAAGCAUUGCGCAGGCAAGAAGAUAGGCUCCGGAACCGAUGGCCUUCACGAGAUGAUGAAAUGUGCCAAGGAGCUGCGGGCUGCAAUGGACAUCCUGGCCGAAGGCAAAGCCGAUGCCGCACUCAUCGAUCGCAUUGGCAUCGCCAGUGACAUCAUCUACAGCAACAUUGACAGCCGAAUCGACCUAGAAAUGGUUGAGAUGGAGGACGCUGAGACCGUUCGGAAGGACAUCAUGGAGUUGGCAGCCGACUUGGACACGGUCAGGGCGACUCCCGUCUCCAAGAAGCUGGAGGCAAAGUGGGAGCAAAUGCGAAGCCAGCGUCUGGAGAAGGUUGUCAAG